UCCGCGGACAUUUAUUAAAAUUCCCAGCUCUAAUUCCAAAUGAUUUUAUUCCAAAAAAUGUUAUUCCAGUUGCGACCAUAAUAAGUUUAGGGUAUAUUUUUUCAUUGAAUAGAUUGUUUCAAACUUUCACAUGUAUUUGUAUCUUCUUCUAUAUAUACUUUUCUGAUUAUUAUUUCAUUAUUAAAAUCAUAGCUAUUAUAUAAAGAUUAGUAAAAUAUUGUUAUAUUGUUAUAUUCAAAAAUAUUGUAACAUUUCACAAAUUUAGAAAGUUUUUAAAAAAUUAAACUUUCGCUUCGUAGAUUUAUGUUAUCGAGUAAAUAACUAAACAUUUAGUUUUUGUUUAAUUUUUAAAAUAAACUAUAUAGUUUAAAUUUUCUUUUCAUUGGUUUAAGGUAGUAAAUAUUAAUCAUUGUUAGAUAAUAUGAUUUUUGUUAUUUAAAAAUAUUUAUAAUUUUAAAAGUUAAGAUCGAUAGAUAUUUAAAUAAUAACAUAUGGAAGUAUACUAUUAUAACAUUAAAUAAUAUCCAUUUAAUUUAUACUAUCUAUAAAUCCAAUGGAUCAUCUAUUGUUUAAAUCCAAUUAUUGAUAGCCCAAUAAAAAUUUUUGGUUGGCCCAAAAUUAGAAUGAUACAAUUAGAGAUUAAAUGUAACAUGACUUUCUAGGAAUAGAUCCAUUAUGUUCAUUUUUUAAAAAAUCACACAUAAAGCAAGGUUGUGACUUCUGUUUUAAUAUAUAAAAUUAAUUAAGCAUAAUAGGAGUCGAAAAGGCAAAAAAAAUUUUUUUUAAGACAAAGAUAAGUAUAUUGUCCCAUCAGGCUAAUCUCAAGUUUGUAUUAGUUUUACCUAUAAUUCCCUUUUCUAUUUAUAAAAAAAAAUUGUUUUACAAAAAAAAGGAAAAAAAUAGAAACUGGAUUGUAAAUACAUAUAUAUACCAAUGUAGAGGUAUUUAUUUUGUUCUAAAAAUGUUUAAAUAAAAAUUUAAAAUUUCGUUAUAUGAACUGUAGAAUGCACAUUUUACAAAGUAAAAAAUGAAAUCCACGUUUUUCAUUUGAUCUACUAUGAUUUGAAUAAGUCAUCUAAAUUUUUCAUUAAAUCUAAUAAGAUUAGAAUAAAUGAUCAACGGAAAUAAUAGUAAUCUAAAAAUAUUUGGAAUACACAAUCUGCAUUUUGCCUAUCUCUCUAAAAUAUGUAGAGCCAACAAUAUACACAUUACUCAAAAUCUAAAACAUGUAGAAACAGAUCUCAACUGGGUUAAAUAGAUUUUACGCAUAGUAAAAUGCAGAUUUUAUAAUAAUUAUUAAAAAUUCUGAAAAUUUGAUAAGUGUAUUUAUGAAAAUAUUUGAAAAUAUAUUGUUAACAUUUUUGAAAAAAAAAACAAUUUUUGUACAAAAACAAAAUUGUGGCUAGGAAAUAUUAUGUUACCAUUUUGGAAAUAUUCUAUUUAAUUUCUUUAUUUUCUUAACAUAUAUAAUAAACUAAAUUAAUUUGUUUUGAAUUUUAAUUAAGUUGAUUUAGAGGUAUAAUAGACAAUUAAAAAAGUAUUAGCCUAAUAAAACAAUUACACUUUGGAAUUAGCCUAAUGGGACAAUGUACCUGUUUUUUGGUAUAAAAAAAUAAUUCCCAAAAAAGCAUGAUAGGAAUACAUUAUGAUUUAGAAAUAAUUACUUUGCAACACAUCAAUCAAUUCUCUAACUUCUUCUGCCUGAAAUAUUCCCAAACUUUCGAAAAUAAGCCAAAAAAAUCUUCAACUCACAAACACGCCCUUUUAACCUUCAACUUCUAGUCAAACAUGAAUAAAUCUCAUAUUUUCGUCAAAAGUCAACUGUUUAGUGUCGUUAGUUAUAUUUAACGGUUGACUUUUAAUGAGAUCAAAAUGGCUUGAUCAACACAAAUAUAAGAUUUUUCUUGUUCCAAUUUAAAAGUUGAGGAUUAAAUUGCUCAUUUAAAAAUAUCUUAGUUAAAAAUUGUUGUUGUAGUCAACCGAAGAUCCAUUUCACGAACUUGCCUUCUGCAUUUCUCACUUGCUUCAUAUUCUAAUUAUAACAAAUUUUAGUUUUUAAUUCAUUUUUAAAUAUUAUAAAUAAGCUUAUUUGAACAUAUUUUAUUAAGUUCGUGAUUACAAUCGAUAUGAAAAACUAUAAUUUUAUUGUAAUAAAAAGCAGCAGUUCUUUAUUAAUAAAAUUUUAAGUAAGCAAUUUUAAUCCUCAAAUUUCAAAUUGGAACAACAAAAAAUCUCAUACUUUUGUUGACCAAGUUAUUUUGAUCUCAUUAAAAGCCAACCGUUAAAUAUAACGAACAACACUGAACGGUUGACUUUUGACGAGACUGAAAUGGCUUGGUCAACGAAAGUAUGAGAUUUAUUCGUGUUUUGACUAGAAGUUGAAGGUUAAAAUGACGUGUUUAUGAGUUGAAGAUAUUUUGACUUAUUCUUAAAAGUUAAGGGUUAUUUUGUCAAUUUUCCCCCUGAAAAUGGAGAAAUACGACAUUUUAGAUUAUAUUUUAUUAAAGUAAAUAAGUAGGUAUAUAACGUGGAAAAGGGAAUAUUCCAUGGAAGAAAGGAGAAAGAAAAUAAUAAUCAGUGGAAGAAAAUACAAAAAAAAAAAAAACAAUUUAAAUAAAGUUUAGGGAAAUGUUUACUUGUUCUUCCCCGCUCUACCCUCACUCUCAAUUUCUCAAAACCAAAGCUUCUUCUUCUUCUUCUUCUUCUUCUUCUUCUCUUACACCAAAACGUGCUUUCUAACCCUCAGGUUUGUCUCCGAUCUAGAAUCUCCCCUUACAAGCUUUAGCUUUCUCAUCUCACCAAAGAACCCUAGUUUUUAAUGGCUCUCGAUGAUCUCAUUUCUUGAUUUCAGUGAUCUUAUUAUAUUUCUUGAUUUAAACGAUUCAGUCUCCAAGAAGCUGAUUUUCUAACCAUGGAGCGGCUAACAUCUCCUCCUCGUCUCAUGAUAGUCUCGGAUCUUGAUGAUACAAUGGUUGAUCAUCAUAAUGAUCCUGAGAAUCUCUCUUUACUGAGGUUCAGUUCACUGUGGGAAGAAGCUUUUCGCCACGACUCUCUUCUUGUUUUCUCAACAGGAAGAACACUGCCCAUGUACAAGAAACUGAGGAAAGAGAGACCAAUGUUAACUCCUGAUGUUAUCAUUACCUCUGUAGGAACUGAGAUAGCUUAUGGCAAGUCCAUGGUUACUGAUGAUAGUUGGGUUGAAAUCAUGAACCAUAAAUGGGACCGAGGAAUCGUCGAAGAAGAAACCAGCAAGUUCCCUGAGUUAACUCUUCAGAGAGAUUGUGACCAGAGACCAAACAAGGUUAGCUUCUUCAUUGACAAGAGUAAGGCUCAACAAGUGACCAAGGAGCUAUACCAACGGCUGGAGAAACGUGGAUUGGAGAUCAAAAUCAUUUUCAGCGGAGGAAAAGCUUUAGAUGUUUUACCAAAAGGUGGAGGAAAAGGACAAGCUCUUGCUUAUCUUCUUAACAAGCUCAAGGCUGAAGGGAGGCUUCCCGUUAAUACUCUUGUCUGUGGUGACUCUGGAAACGACACCGAGCUCUUUACCAUUCCUAAUGUUUAUGGUGUCAUGGUGAGAAACUCUCAAGAGGAGUUAUUAGAGUGGUAUGCAGAGAAUGCGAAAGACAAUGCAAAGAUAAUCCACGCGAGUGAGAGGUGUGUGGGUGGGAUUUUAGAAGCCAUUGGUCAUUUUGAGCUUGGUCCAAAUCUUUCUCCUAGAGAUGUUUCUGACUUAUUCGAGUGCAAGGAGGAUAAUGUGAACCCGGGUCAUGAGGUUGUCAUGUUUUUCUUGUUCUAUGAGAGAUGGAGAAGAGGUGAAGUUGAGAACUGUGAUGCAUACAUAGCAAGUCUCAAAGCUUCAUGUCAUCCUGCUGCUGUCUUUGUUCAUCCAUCUGGUGCUGAAAAAUCUCUGAUAGACACCAUUGAUGAGCUUGGAAAGUAUCAUGGAGACAAAAAGGACAAGAAGUUUCGGGUUUGGACAGAUCAGGUUCUGGCAACAGAGACUACUCACGGGACUUGGAUGGUAAAGCUUGAUAAGUGGGAACAAACUGGGAAUGAAAGGAAAUGCUGCACAACAACUGUUAGAUUCAUCUCAAAGGAAAAUGAAGGACUUGUGUGGGAAAAUGUGCAACAAACAUGGUCAGAGGAAUCAGAGAUGAAAAAUGACAGCAACUGGAUCAUCUAAAUGAUUAUCCUCCUUUUAGAUUUUUUUCAUAAAACAUUGCAAACACACACAAGAUCCUAUUAUUGCUUGAAUAAAACUUAAAUCGCAAAAGUCAUCUUAUGUUAUUUUUGUUACUUAUUCCUCAUAAUGAGAACAUUUGUGUAGAGAGAGAAAAGGUGAUAAUGAGGCAAAUAUCACUUGUUGACAUAUAGACUCAUCUAAUCUAUUAAAACUGAAGUACA